UUAUCGAGCAUCUUGUGUCCGUCAGGCUCUCCUAGAUUCGCAAUACAUCGAGUGCUACAGCUCCCUUUUACCACGCGGUCUUCUUUCACCCUAGGGAAGCCAUGUCAGAAUUCGACGCCGAAUGGGACUACAUCUACGCUGACUUCGACCCUGAGGAACUCGAUCACGGAGAUCAAGAUGACGAAUGGACGCAAGAACGCGACCUCGCGGAGCGUAAUAGGGAGUAUACCCCGGAUCACCAACCGAUCCUCAGGAAGCGGCCUCACUAUCGGUUCGGACAUCCGCAGGGAGUAAGAGUCGGCGAUGUCUUUACAUACAGGAAGGACUUGCAUAAGGCAGGAGUUCAUAUAGGCGUGCGCCAUGGUAUCCAUGGUCAGAAGGACAGGGGCGCAUUCAGCAUCGUCCUGUCCGGCGGGUACGAAGAUGAUGCAGACAGAGGGGACACCAUUUUCUACACCGGUGCGGGGGGCCGUGAAAAGUCCAACCAGACCGGGCCCCAGGUUCAUGACCAGUCAUUUGAACACCGGAUGAACAAAACUCUACUGCGAUCCCUCGAGAGGGGGAAACCAGUUAGGGUAGUUCGUGGGUUCGAAGCCGGCUCGCAGUACGCCCCGUGGGAGGGGUAUCGGUACGAUGGAUUGUACACGGUCGAGCAGGCGAAGAUGCAGACCGGGCGCAGUGGAUUUCAGGUUUGCGUGUUCGAGCUGCACAGGUUACCAGGCCAGCCCCCGGUCCCGUUACGCGACUCUACGAGCUCCGACACUGCCGCCCAGGCGAGAGCAAAGCGUGCGACUGUGUCCAAACCCAAGAAGCACCGGGACAUUCGUGGAGAGCGCCCCAGCGCCGCCCCUUCUGCCACACCGUCUGGCUCGGGAAGCUCGCACGCGGACCCUCAACCGCCCAGGCCCAAGCACAAGAGUCGUGAUGCGAACACCAUGAACGCAAAACCUUCGUCAUCGUCCGCGACACCACUCCGACCCCUGAAGCGUCCCGCAUCCCCGUACGACGAUUCUUUCCUAGAGUCGCCCACGAAAGCAGCUCGCCGGAGCGCCUCGGAUGAAGGCUACAAGUCCGAGUUCGACCAGUCUAUCGACGAGCUCGUCAGCACCGUCAAAACGAGCGGCUUUAGGAGUGCGUCGCCUGGCCCCAGCUCGCGCCCAUCCGGCUCCUGUCUCAGUGCCCGUAACACGCCUCUUCUAUCCCCGCGCUCGGCUUCCACAUCCAAGGUUCAUGCCACUGCUCACCCGACGCUCCCCCGCGUGCGCAUCAAACUGAAGCCGCCAGCUCCUAACCCUGCGGGCACCACCGCGCCGAGCACGAGUGCUUUCCCAUCCUCACCUUUAGUCAAACCGCGUCCCAAUGUGCAUCCCCCAGCUUCCAGUCCCCAUGCUUUAGCUCGCUCUCCACUUCCGACUCUGAAGCUGAAAGGCCCAGCUCGCCCGGCGGUCUCCAGCCCGAAUUCUGUCGAAAUGCCGUCUCGCGCACCCGAGCGGAAGCCGAACUUAGAGCAUCACUUCAUAUUCCUACCGCCACCUCCUGCGCCCUCUUCUCUCGCGACCCCGUCAACUUCCCCGCCAACCUCGUGUCCGUCCGCCCCCAUUCCCCUCCCGCGCCGCCUAGAUUUCAACGGAGAUUCGCAGGCCGGCCCGUCGAUCGUCAUCGCAGCGUCGAAGGCCGCGUCGGGAUCGGGAUCGGGGGCGAACGCAGGGCCGCCGAGCCCGCCCGCGGAUGCGAGGGGUCCGCAUCGCGCGGCGUGCAUGCCGGACCCGAUCGAGCUUUUGGAGCGCGAGGAUACCCCUCGCGUCGGGUCGCAGGAGUGCCCUAUCGUCGUCGACGAUGAGAUCUCCGAUGGCCCGGUGAUGGCGUCCUCGACGCGCGCGUCGUCCGUGAAACGCGAGGUUGACGCUAUGGACGUGGACAUCCUGACGGUAGUGGGAGCGACGGCUGUGGUAUGACCCCGGGCGGUCAUGGGUGUCGACAUGGAGGUUCCCUUGGUUGGUGCAUCCAGGUAUGAUCUUGUCAAUAAGCCUUUGCGACUACAUAGGACUCCACUCAUGGAGUGUAGCGUUCCGCAGGGCGGUGGCGUGCGGCAGAUACGCGCCGGUGGCUGCUGGAAGCCCGUUGUGGCGACCUCCGCCUCGUCCGUUAUUUUCGCAAAUUCUGCUUACACAGGGUCCUUGUUUUACGUAUCAUUUCUACAUACUGGGGUUGAAUGUGAUGCUAUGUCGGUUCUUUUGCGAGUUUGCCUGUUGUAUGUUUUGAAAUUUGGAAGUGCGUCUCCUGCUGCUGCGUUUUAGGGUACCCCUCGGUAUCCCGUUGUUGUAUGAUCAUAAUAUUUGCUGUACUGUCGCGACUGGUGCUCUCAUAGCCUACGUCGUUUACGCGGA